AUGAGCACAGAGAAAGAGAUGGCAAAGCAAAGAUCACUUCGUGAUAUUUUGGUCGAUUUUAUGGGUUAUACAACCGGACAUGGGUUUGCAAGGCUCGUUGCUGCAACUUCAAUUGCUUGGAGAAUAUUCUGGGUCGUUGCUGUUUUGGGCGCAUUUGGAAUGUUCGUCUUCGAAGUAUCGGAACUGUUUAAAUUGUUUCUGUCACGACCUGUACAGACAUCUGUAACAGUUACAUUUGAGAAGCAACUGAAAUUUCCUGCCGUCACGAUUUGUAAUUUGAACCUGAUAAAGGCGAGCCAGAUGAAUAAGCUGCCCGAUGAGUUGGUAGAAAAGUUCGCUUACGACUAUUUUUACAGUGGGGCCGCUGUCAACGGAACCUCGAGUGGAAAUUUCUCAAGCAAUUCAACCCAGCUGCCUGGAGGCUUCGCUGGUCAUGGAAAUGUUAACGCUGCUAAAAGUGGGACUCUUAAUAGCAGCAUACAACCGACUGUAGUGGUUAAUUUUACCUCACCAAUGCAACCAAUUGUAAAUGUUACCAACGUUAGCGCUACUCGGAGUCCAAGUGAAACUCUUCAUGUUACCUCACAACCGAUUGUAAAUGUUACCAGCCAACCGACAGAAGUUAAUAGUGCUAGUGCUACCCAACAAUCGAGUGCUGCUAUGAGUUCUACUGUUAGUCGUAAACGAAGGAAAAAGCAAGAAGUACAUACACCAUCUUCUAGCGGGGAAAAUAAAGAUCCGAAAAAUGAAUAUUCUGAUAGCACAACAGCCUAUGGAGAUGCUUGGAAUUACGAUUAUACGGACACCUCCUAUAGCGACAUUGCAGAUGAAUACCCAGACGAUAGUGAUUUAAGCCCCGAAGCUAAGCUGAGAUUGAAGAUCGAGUCAUAUAUCGGAGCAGAGGAUCCAAAGACUCUAUUUUCGCUUGGACAUUAUGACGCUGAUUUAAUAAAAGGCUGUACGUGGAAGGGUGUCGACUGUGCAACAACAGGUUGUAAAAAUCUAAGCAAGUUUUGGUCAUCAAGUUGGAAUUAUAGAUACGGAAACUGCUACACCUUUAACAAUGGCGUAGAUCAAAACGAUAACCCAACCCGGGUUUUAAAAUCGUCUAAACCGGGACCAUCUCAAGGGCUAGUGCUUGAACUUGACAUCGAAGAGAAUGAAUACAUUGGUGAACUAUCGCAUGAGGCAGGUGUGCGGGUUGCGUUGCAUGAACAAGGAGUUAUGCAUUUUCCUUUUGAAGAAGGAUUUAGUGUCGCCCCAGGUAUGGUGACCUCAGUUGGCCUAUCAAGAACAAUGAUGAAGAGAUUGGACAGGUUUAGCGAUGGAAGCUGUUUGGAUGAAAGUGUUCCACUAUCUCAAGAAAACUUGUACAGAAAAAACAAAAACGUUACACGCUACUCUUUGCAGGUCUGUUAAGUACGGUCGAUCCCCUAUUAAGGGAAGGCAACCUAAUGUGAAAAUCCCAAAAUAUUUCUAACGGUACGCC